GCAUUUUUGGUACUUACGUGAUCUGAGUUGCUGUUAGCGCUGUGAUAACACACAGAGCUAAAAGUAUAACCCGAAAUGGAUGCCGCCAUGAUGGAAACAUCCCCAUCUACAGUCUCCCAGUACCCCCUGCGGUCGUCAACGUCAAACUACUGAGCGUCAUCCACACGCUGAAGUUCCGGUAGGAACAAGAUGAACAGAAACGCAUUUUGAAGUGUACAACAUUGACUGCAUGCGGUUACUCUAUAUUUACCAGAAGUAUGGAGUCCGAAGAUUUUAAACCCUCAAAGCUGGGAACGAAGGAAUACUGGGAUGAUGCAUAUCAAAGAGAGUUGCAGACGUUCAAAGACAUUGGAGACGUGGGUGAGAUAUGGUUUGGUGAAGAAAGCAUGACCCGUGUUCUUCGGUGGAUAGACAGGGAAAAUAUACCAGAAAAUGCGGCCAUACUUGAUAUUGGCACAGGGAAUGGUAUCCUUUUAGUUGAGUUGGCAAAACAGGGAUUCACGAAUCUCACAGGAAUCGAUUAUUCCACAGCUUCAGUAGAACUUGCCAAGAGAGUACUGCAGACUGAAGAUAUCAAUAAUGUGUCAAUUAAGGAGGUGGAUUUCUUAAGCUGCUCAGGGGAGCUGAGUGGUUUCGACCUGUGCAUCGAUAAAGGCACCUUUGAUGCUGUCAGUCUGAACCCACAGAACACAGAGGAGGGCAAAGCGGGCUACCUCCAGGCCCUGAGAGGAGCCCUGAAGAACCAGGGGCUUUUCUCCAUCACUUCCUGUAACUGGACAAAGGUGCAGCUUCUACAAAUGUUCAGUGAAGGGUUUGAGUUUGUUCAGGAACUACCCACACCUAGCUACCAGUUUGGUGGUAGAACAGGCAACAGUGUGACAGCGCUCAUCUUCAAACGACUACACUGACGCAAACCUACAGAUACUUUUGUAUUAUAUGAAUUUUCCAUUGUUUCUACGGUAGAGUCAUGAUUGUUUUUGAAAUAUUCUGAGGACUGUCAAAAUAAUAGUAAUAAUUAUUUUAAAAUUUUCCAGAAUUUUCCA